GAGAGAGAGUUUGGUUGGUUUAGUGCGGAGUUGGCAAGCCCUUGGAAUUUUCCCUUCUUUUUUAGUUUCGAUCCUCCGUCGAUUUCCCAGAACAGAAAACGAAAGUUAUCUUCAACUCCGCCAUAGAGAAGACACCUCCGCAAUGGCUCAGUCGGGCUUGUUCAAAGAAUUGUACUGUUCUGUGUGUUUGGGGAUAUUUAACAACCCGGUGAGUCUACCUUGUGAUCACACGUUCUGUCGCCCGUGCAUCCAGAACUGCCAGGACACACCGAGGCCAAGAUGUCCGGAGUGCCGGGCUCGGUUCGCGGCCGGAGCAUUCAAACCGAACCGAGCGCUGCGGAACAUGGCCGAGAGGCUGAAGGCGGAGCUGUACCGCUGCACCUGCCCGGAGCACCAGGAGAAGAUGAAGCUAUUCUGUCAAACGGACGGACAGCUGAUCUGCGUGGUCUGUCGGGAUGGACUCACACAUCGUGGGCACGCCUGUGUGCCCGUCGGCGAGGCUGCCGCGGUCAGCAAGGGCGAAUUGGGAGAGGCGCUGGAGUUCCUGCGCGAGGACAACGGCGCUCUGGCUCGUCUUAUCUCCCAGCAGGACGACGAGAUGAGAAAGAUUAAAGAGAAGUCCACGCGGCUGACGGCCAACGUCGGCGCCCGGUUCACCGAGGUCUACCGUUUCCUGCGGGAGAGGGAGGCGAAGCUGAAGGAGGAGGUGAGGGAGGCGGAGAGGAGGGCCCUGGCGCCCAUGCAGGAGAACCUGGCGGCCAUGACCCAGGCCCUCAAACCUCGUCGGGAGAAAGAGAGCGAGCUGCGCUCGGGGCUGGACAUCGAGGAGUCCGACCGCUUCCAACAGUGGUGGCUUGACACCGGGUCGCCCAUUGUGGAUGAGCUGAGGAACCGGGUCGGUGGGACCAGCAGAAGAAAGGGCCCGCACGCAAUGGGAGAGUUCAAAUCUGAGGCGGAUGACCUCUGCGUGACCCCGGACGGGCCCUGCUCUCUAUUCCUGGGCCCUUACGAGUCUCACCUGCAGCUCUUUGUGUGGAAAGAGAUGCUGCCGAUGAUCAGGCCAGCUCCAGACAGCAUAACCGUGGAGGACAACGACGACCCGGUUUUGAGAGUGUCGUGCGACCGGUCCAGCGUCAGGCACGUGGACCCGAGGUCCGCGGGCGCGUGGUCUUUCGGGAAGGGCCCCGAGUUCUCCAUGUCCCACACGUGGAGCCGCGAGGCGUUCCGGUCCGGGCAGCACUACUGGGAGGUGACGGUCGGCAGGAAGAGCCACUGGAGCCUCGGCCUGGACGCCGGUCCCCGCGGCAGCCGGGAGAGCGUCUGCCGGCUGAACGGCCGCUUCGGCAAGCUGCGGUUCAAGACGCGGCGGGAGGUGCCGCUGGACCUGGCCGCGGGGCCGCGCGUGGUCGGCACGUACCUGGACUGCGACAGGAAGCGCGUGGCCUUCUACGACGGCGACACCGCGGCGCUCAUCGCCGCCGCCGCGUACGUCUCCGACGGGCCCCUGUACGCCUACUUCAACCCCGGCUUCUACCUGCAGGGGGAGAACGCGGACCCGCUGGCCGUUCGCCAGUACGGACGUCCCGACGCAGGUUCCUCACGCCGAAGAGCUGAACCUCUGAUUUUGCGCUCAGACAUCGUUUAAAAAAAAACAAAACAAGAGCUGUUUUUGAUAUCAAUCACAUUAUUAUUAUUAUUAUUUUUAAUUCAAAUCAUCUUUCUGAAAACUGAAGUUUACACCGAAGACAGAAUUGAGAGGAUUAAAUUUGUAGAUACCUUAGUCUUUAAUAGCUACUUCACUACCAGUGCUGUCCUUGCACAACAUUUGAAAUCAUCACACGACUGUAUGUCCUUUAUGGUGUAUGGAGGGCUAUGUGAUGAUAUUAAAUGUACAGUAUAGGCCAAAAGUAUUAGGCCAUGUGUGUUUUUUAAAAAAUUACAUUACAUUACAUUACAUUACAGGCAUUUGGCAGACGCUCUUAUCCAGAGCGACGUACAACAAAGUGUAUAACCAUAACCAGGAACAAGUAUGACGAAAACCCUAGAGAGAAGUACCGGUCCAAGUACAGGGAACAACCGCAUAGUUCAACUUGGACCCUGAUGGUUAAACUGAUUAACAGUAACAACGAGAACGGCAACAACGCAAUCUAUGGAAAAAUAAAAAUAAAUAAAAAUACAAUUAGUCAUUAAGACAGGCGCAUCAACUAAGUCACCUAUGAAACAGCUGCCUAGUUACAACCCUAAGUUUAGUCAUUUACAGGGGGGAAGGGAGGGAUGGGGAGAGGUGCAGCCUGAAGAGGUGGGUCUUCAGUCGUCAUUUGAAAUGGGUCACAGUCUCAGCUGUUCUGACCUCCACAGGGAGGUCAUUCCACCAUCGUGGGGCCAGAACAGACAGGAGACGUGUUCUGGAAGUGCAGGUGCGAAGAGGGGGAGGUGCUAGGCGUCCUGAGGUAGCAGAACGGAGGGAUCUGGCUGGCAUGUAGGGUUUGAAUAUCUAAAAAUCAUUUUAUAACAAAUCUUUUGGUGUUUUUGUAGGUAUAAAUUGAAAAAAAAAAGUUUGUAUUUUGGUUUGUUAUUCAAUAAACUGAAUUCUUCACUAGAGUUGGUCAAAUAAGUUUGUCCUGUACUGUAUGUUUGUACAAACUUGCUUUAAAUAGUUGAAAUCAAGAAUCCGUUUCAUCUUUUCUGUGUUGAAUUCCAUUAUGUUCAGAAACAGUAUUUGUAAUUGAUUGCAAUGUGGCUGGUAAUUCAAUAAAGAAACAUUUUCCAUUUUA